AUGGCACCCUCACUCAGAGACCACUCAUCCUUCGUUCGCCCGUCCACCCGGGACCGGCCCGUGACUAGAGACCAGGCCGACAAUUCUCUCGUUAUUCCCAGUCGCACUUCAUCUUUGCAUUCUCGUAUCACCCAGCCAAUUCCCUCGACAUUGAACUUGAAGCCCGCGCAGCGCACGCCAAAGACCUUGACACAUGCCUACAUGGUCUGUGGUGUUGGCCGUGAGCCAUCUCAAUGGGUCAAGGCGCCGGCACCAAUUCAGGGGAAAAUUCAGCACAUGAAGGGCGCCGUGGGCCAGUUCUGGUUGCCCGAAAUUCUUGGUAGCAGCCCACGGUUGGAACAGGAUAAUGAGAUUGCGCGAUCUUUGCAUGCCGCCAUGAGGGCAUGUUUCCCUCAUGAUGUCGAAAUUUGCACUGGUAAAUCACAGCCCCACUGCGUCCACCACUCCUUUGUUCUGCAGCAGGACUCAUCCCACACCCUGUACGGCAUCGCACUGCGUGUGUGGUCUCGUGCUGAUGAGAAGCGCGCUGAAACUAUUCGUGACCUACGCAAGAAAACCGAAUCCGACUAUUACGACAAUCCGGACGAGACCUACUGGAUUCCAUACUGCUUGAGUUUCCUGUCUCGUUAUCCGCUUUAUGAUCUUCUGGGAGAUUACCUUCGCGGCAUGUGGAUUCACUGGAACAAAGCCACCAACCUGUUCCAUGCCGAGGAAGUCUCCCGCAUUCUGAGCUUCCCGGCUCCUCGCCUUAACGACUUGGUCCGAAUUGAUAUGAAAGAUUACGCGCUCUGCUAUCAAUUCCCCUCCUCUCCAACUGGAUUCCAGAACUUCUCCAUGUGGCCGUUGUUCAACUGUCUCUCCAUUCCCAACAUUGUAGGCGUUAUCGAGGCAGCUGUUUCCCCAACUCGCCGUAUCAUCUUCGUCAGCCACUAUCCCGCCAUGCUUACUAUUGCCGCUGAGACUAUUCGAUUCUGCGUUCGUGUUUAUGAGUGGAGCGGCCUCUAUGUGCCGGUGGUUCAUGCUCGUCAUGCCAAGGAACUUGUCGAGGAGCCUGGCCCAUAUAUUCUCGGUAUCUCUCCUGAGUGCCGUUCCUUGUUCACCGCGCCAUCAGACGCUUUGGUUGUCGACUUGGACCGCAACUUCGUCCUCACUUCUAGCCCACCUAACGUUCUUACUCCGGGCCAGCGUACCAAGUUCAUUAGCCGCCUGACCCAAGCCCUGAACGGCGAAGUCACCCCAUCCGGCGUGCCUCAGCAUUUGCGUUCUGCAUAUGGCGGCGGCAAGUUGAUCCCAGCGGGUCAGAUUAUUGUGAUGAAGGGUGAAGUGGAGAGCGUACAGGACCCUGCCUGGUGGAACCAAGAUGCCGUUAUGAGCGUCACCGACCACGUUUGCGAGAAACUUGGACGCAACACUGGUAUGAAGGCCAUCUUCGGUGGCUCCGUCAAGAAGCCCCUCAUGGCCAAGGUCUCGAUGAGACACUUGAACGAGAUCGUCCGUGAGCGCAACCAGUACUCGCGCGAUACAGUGGAAGCUUGGCAGGAUUUCAUCAACCUCAAGGGACGCAUGGACACCGAGUUAUCCAAGGUCACCAAGCGCAACAACUUCUUGGUCGAAGAAUUGGAAACUUGGAAGCAGCAGUUUCUCAAAUUCCAAGCAUUUGCUGAGCAGCUCACAAAGGAGACUUCCGAGCUCAAGGUCAAGAUCGAAGGACACAAGCGCGAGAACCGCCGCCUUACUGGCCUCAUCGACACACAGAAGGAUGACAUUACUCGUCUUACUCUUCGUCUCUCUGGCACUGAGAAGCAGCGUGAUGACGCCUUGGAAGCCUUGGUUCUUCAGCAAGAAAUCGCAGAGGAGCUCGAGCGCGAACGUAAGCGCAACCAGAAGGAACUCUCAGCUAUGGAGCACCGAACCUCGACUCUCACUCGUCAACGUGACGAAGCCCAGAGGAUCGUGGUGCACUUGCGCAGCCUAAUUGAUGGCCAGACCCACCACAUGGAGCACAUCAUCCGAAACCUCGCCAGCUCUACUGACCUUGGCGAAUAUAUUGACCAGGCUCUAGAAAACUCAGCUCAAGAGUCCACUUCUGCAUCCUCACCUGUACGGUCAAUGACUGAAAGCCCCAAGUCUAUGAAACGUCUAUCCCGACCUGGCUCUCGUGUCCGCCUCUCCAGUGCAUUCAACAGCCGCUCUAGCAGUGCAAGCGACAACAUGAGCCCUGAGAUGGAGUCUGUUAUGGACAAGGCACAACGACGCCUCUCUCAGAUGAGCAUGCCUGAUGUCGCUGACCGCUACCUGAAGGAUAAGACUGAUGCUAUUGCUGCUAUUAUUCGCAACAUUAGUGAGCAGUGUGCUGCUGCCGUCGAGGGAUUGCACCUUGCCCAAGAUGCCGAGAAUGAGGAGGCAGAGGCAGCUAAGAAUGAAGCUCACCUUGCACCUUCUACCUCUGGCACUCGUGAAGAAGGCAGCGAGGCCGGGGAGAGCGAAAGCGGCUACCUCCAUGCUGACAACCGUGCCUCCAGCAUUCCACCAACACCAGAUCUUGUGCACAACCGUUCGAGCACAUCCAUGUCAAUGGUCAGCACAUCGACCAUUGCUGAGCGCUCUAGCCAGCAGUACAACCCUGGAGAGAUCCCAACCAAGAUCGUAGAAGAUGAAGAUGAGCACCUUCAUGGAACGGAGGGUUUCGUUGACCCAACUGAAGUUCCAACGGUCUCUAAGAAGCCCAGCCAAGGCAUUAUCCAUGCCCCUGCCUCACACAUCGUUUCGUGA